AUGGGCGUGACCCGGGGCUUUGGCGGCUUCCCGGCGGGAGCAAGUGCGCUGCCAGCCAUGCCAGGCGUGCCAGCCAGGGCCGGUGGACAGAGGCCUGGUGCAGUGACAUGGCCGGGACAUGGACGAGGCAGGCGCGACGACUAUGGACGCGGACGGGUGCGCCCCCUCACUCCCGUCAGCCCAUGUGUGCGAACGAGGAGAGGCCCGUCCGACGUCGGCCUCUGCCUGCCUUCUGACACGGAGCGAGCGCAACACCAGCACUGUGGCGGCGCGUAUGCGUGCGCUGGAGAAACCGGAGAAAGCAGUGCAAAAACUGGUGGUGGCGCGGGAGCUAGAGAGCCGCUAGGCCGCAAACGGCAUGGCAGUCCAGCCUGUGAGCAACAGCCAUGCAUCUGUUCAGGGCUCCUCCACCAAGGCGUCGACUGA